GGAGGCUGACAUGGCGGAAGGGCUGUUCCUGUUUUGCGGACUCCUCCCUCCGCUCCACACCCAGCAGCUGGAUCCUCUCCGGGCGGACGGAGGUCACGGAGCCCGGCGGAGGAGGAGGACAUGGCCCGGGCCCACAUCUCGGUGACGGAGAGCCAGUUCCGGUGCCCCAUCUGCCUGGAGCUGCUGAAGGACCCGGUGUCCAUCCCCUGCGGACACACCUACUGCAUGGACUGCGUCAACAGCUACUGGGACCAGGCGGAGUCGGCCCAGCUCAGCUGCCCUCAGUGCCGGGAGACGUUCAGCCCUCGGCCGGUGCUCCGGAGGAACACGGUGCUCGCCGAGGUGGUCGACAAACUCAAGCUGAGCGAGAUGGUGGCGGCGCCGCAGCUCUACCUGGUGGGGCUCGGGGAGGUGCCGUGCGACUUCUGCCCCGCGGAGGGGAGGCUGCGGGCGGUCAAGUCGUGCCUGGUGUGCCUGGCGUCCUUCUGCGAGCUCCACGUCCUGCCGCACCGGGAGGUCGGCACCCUGCGGCGGCACAAGCUGGUGGCGGCGCUGGAGUGUCCGGCGGAGCGGCUGUGCGCUCAGCACCGGCUCGGUCUGGAGCCCGCGGGCAGCGGCAGCGAGGCGGAGUGGAGCGGGGACUGUCUGCUGUGUGAGGCCGAUCAGGAGGAGCUGCACGGGGCGGACGCUCAGAGAACCAGGAGACAGCUCCAGCUCCAGGAGUCUCAGCGGAUGUUUCAGGGGAGGAUUCGGAUCGGAGAGCGAGACAUAGAAGAGUUUCAACAGAGCUUAGAGUCCCUGAAGGUGUCGGCGUCGGCUGUUCUGGAGGACGGUGACGCUCUGUUUGCUGACAUGUCCGUUCGUCUGGAGAAAACUAAGGCAGAGGUUCGAGCGAGGCUGGAGGCGAAGGAGCGAGCGGUGGUGGGGCGGGCCGAGCGCGACAUCGAGAUGCUGGAGAAAGACGUGGAGGAGCUGAGGAGGAGAGACGAAGAGAUCAGUCAGCUGCUGCAAACGGACGACAACACACACUUCCUGCAGGCGGCUCCUCUGCUGUGCGUCCCGCUCGCCACUGGUCGGCACUCCAGAGCCCUCAGCCUGCCCACGGAGGCCUUCAGCGGCGCCAGGAGAGCGCUGUGCCACUUCCGCAGCCGAAUGGAGGAGGUCUGCAGGGAGGAGGUGGACAAAAUCAGCCGCGCAGUCAAUGAGAACUACGUGUCUGGUGGAGAGUGUGUAAAAGGUGGCAGAAAUCAGUGUGUGGAGAACACCAAACCUCAGCACAUGCAACUACCUGCAGGUCAACAUGCCACCACAAGGGCAGUGCCCGUGUCAUUCCCUCUGUCCUCUUUGUCUCUGCAGCCGGCUGAUCAGAGGAUGAGGGCAGCUUUCCUCAGGUUUUCGUGUCGUCUGUCGUUGGAUCCAGACACAGCCCACCCGACUCUGAUUCUCCUGGAGGGGCCCCAGGGUGCCCACUGUGGCGAGGAGCCCCAGUCCUACCCCCCUCACCCACAGCGCUUCGAUUCAGUGGCUCAGGUCCUGUGCAGGGAAGGCCAGUUUGGUGGUGCCAGUUACUGGGAGGUGGAGUGGAGGGGCGGGGGAUGGAUUGACAUCGGCGUCACUUAUCGAGGUAUCGGACGCAAAGGUGGCGGGAAGCCCUGCCUCAUAGGGCGCAACGAGAACUCCUGGCGGCUGAGGUGUACUCACGCCGGAUAUGCCGCCUGGCAUGACAACCGUAAGACCACGGUGGCUGCGCCGCCCUGCCCCAGGAUUGGCGUGUUCCUGGAACGCCAGAAAGGAGUGUUAUCCUUCUACAGCGUGUCGGACACAGUGGUGCUUCUGUACACGUUUCGCUGCCUGUUCUCACAGCCGCUGUACCCGGCCUUCCGCCUGGACCUGGACUCCACACUGCUCAUCUGCCCUCAUGAGCGAGGCAACGGAAACACAACCUAACGCUCCCUCCUGCCUCAUCCAGGAGCCAUCAUUUACAGUGACUCCUACAGAAAAGGGCUGUUCACUCUGCUUAUGGAUAUUACUAAAACUAGAGGGUUGGUGAAGUGGUAACAACAUCAGGAAGAAGUAUCACAGUCAGGAAUCAGACUUUCAUUCUCAUUUGUCUGUCUUGUGGCAAAAACAGAUUUGUCUUCAUGUUUUUUUUGUUGAAAAUUGCCUUUGAUUGCAAAAUAUUCUGUUGGAUGAGUUGGGCUGAGCUGUGAACACUGUAGCUGAUCUUUUUCACAAUAUGCCUUUUUCACAUCGUACGUUAUGACCUGUCCCUGCAUAGAACUUACAAAGGCUCAUUUAUGUCAAGGUGUCCCUGGAAGCCGUGGAAGUGUGACAUUAUCUAUGUCCCAUUUCAGGGGCCACAUCCUUGCUGCAUUUGAAGACUGAUCACAUCACAGCAGUGCAACUAGAUUGUCCCAUUUUGAAGACUCCUUCAAAUGUGGACGAUAAGUGCGUCCUACCAGUCCCAAACGAUGAGGGAUCCAAUGAGUGGAUCCUUCUUGGGUCAGUCCAUCCAAGGAGUCAUUGCACAAGUUAACAGUGCUGGUGGCCAGACCGCAGUUAAUCUCAAGCUAACGAUGCAACCGUAAGAGGGAGACAAGCUGGUAAUGCAAAUAGGGAACUAGACCGUCUAAUUUUGGUUCGGCCUUCGUGGUCUAUUUGGUCCACAAAGGCCUUCAAGUCCUUGAAGGAUGUGGCUGCUGAAUUGGGACAAAGCUAGUGAGGAAAUAGGUAAGAUAUCUGAACCCUGAAACUGAAACACCUUAUUGUAAACCAGCCAUCAUCUGUUAUACUAUUUACAUCCUCUCUUAUCCAACUGGGACAUCUCCUGAGUAAGAGGCCUGAAAAAGUGCAUCACAUCCACUUCAGUGGUUUACUACUAAAAAGUAUUCACCCCCUAUUUGUUUUUACACUGUCUUGUCAUUGUGGUAAAAGAAACGAGCUGUAUUUAUGGAUAAUAUUUUCUAUCAUGUUUUUUAUUUAACUCAGUAAAACGACUAAGAGUUGAAUACCCACAGAGAGAUGGGGUUAGGGUUAGGGUUAGGGUUAGAGAGAGAUUUGACAUAUAGGCAACCUCAUGAAUGAAAAGUGGCCUCAGCUUCAGAUUUAGAAAAUGUAAAUGUCAUAUUGUGGUGAAACGUUUUGCAUGAAUUAGAUAAUUAGUUAAAUAUUUUGGAGAUAUGCUCAUUCAGUCCAGAUGUUUAGAUUGAUCAUGGAAGUAAGCUAGUAAACUAGCAGCUGGUUAGCUUAGCUUAGCACAAAGACUAGAAGUAGAGGGAAUCUGCUCGCCUUGCCCACAACUUCUUGUUUUUACACUUGACAGUUAGUUAGUAGACUUUACAGGUGCUGGCAGCAGGCUCCCUAUUUCCAGUCAUUAUGCUAAGCUACGCUAAGAUACACUAAUGGUGGCUUCAGAUUUACAGUGGAAUCUUGAGAAUGGUAUAGAUCUUUUUUUAUCUAAAACUCAGCUAGGAACCGAAGAAGCAUAAAAACCAAAUUGUUCCUUUCGAGGCACAUUUACAUUGCAGAUCUUCAUUCUCAAUUUCUGUACAGCAAGUAAGCGACAGCUAGCAGCUGGUUAGCUUAGCACGAAGACUGGAGGGAAACUUCAUCUAGCCAGGCUCUGUCCAAGGAUAAGAAAAACCUCGACUUCACUUUAGCUUCAACACUGUGAAAGUCAGUUAGCAUACGUAAGAGGUGCUGGUAGCUUUUCAUGUUGGCUUAAAUGUUCUGUGCAGCUUGUGAGUGGUGUUUGAUUCCUGACAGGAAACUGAACAAGCAUUAAAGGUCCAGUGUGUAAGAUUUAUGUAAAAGGGAUCUAUUGGCAGAAAUUGAAUAUAAAAUAAUCAUUGUGAUGUGUGUGUUUCAUCUAAAUUGUA